ACAGUCCCAUCCCAUUCCCAUCCGCACUUUCUGCUCUAAAACUAAACCACUCUCUCCUCCUUUCUUUUUGUUAUUUCCUCUUACUUUUCCUUUGCCACCAAACGCGUCGCAAAAAGCUAAUGGCAUCUCGGUCUCCCUGACUUUCCCUUCCCUUAGUUUUCACACCACAAAAAAAAAAAAAACCUAAGGUUUCAAUGGAUCUGAAGAACUGCUUCUUGCUACUCUUGUUGACGAGCUUCUUGGUUUGUGGUUGUUCGCAGGUUGAAGACGACGUGACUUGCCUGAAAGGCUUCAAGGACUCUCUGAGUGACCCUCAACAGAGACUCGCCAAGUGGAAUUUGGAAAACAAGACAGCCGGUUCCGUCUGCAACUACGAUGGUGUGUCAUGCUGGAACCCGCAGGAGAAUCGUAUUAUUGGUCUUGAUCUUAGUGGGAUGAAUCUAUCCGGUAAGAUUCCGGAGUCCAUCAAGUACUGCAGUAAGAAUCUUCAGAAGCUCGUACUUGGAUCCAACUCGCUCUCAGGGUCGAUUCCUCCCAAGAUCUGUGAUUGGUUGCCGUAUUUGGUCACACUGGACCUUUCUAGCAACGAUCUUUCUGGUCCUAUUCCGGCUGCGUUAGAGAAUUGUUCUUACUUGAACGAGUUAGAGAUCUCCGAUAACGACCUUUCGGGUCCUAUUCCCGCUGAAAUUGGGAGCUUGGUGAGGCUGAAUAAGUUCUCGGUUGCUAACAAUCAUCUCACCGGCGCGAUCCCUGGCUCUCUUUUGCGGUUUGGGAAGGAAGCCUUUGAUGGGAAUAGUGGGCUGUGUUCCAAGUGUGGUGGAUUGAGCAAGAAGAAUCUUGCCAUUAUUAUUGCUGCUGGGGUGUUUGGUGCUGCGGUUUCGUUGUUAUUAGCUUUUGGGUUGUGGUGGUGGUACCAUUUGGGAUCGAGUAGGGAUAAGAGAGGGUAUGGGAUUGGAAGCACUACCGAUGGUGGUGAUAAUUGGGCUUUGAGUUUGAGGGGUCACAAGCUUGUUCAGGUUACUCUGUUUCAGAAGCCUAUUGUGAAGGUUAAGUUAGGGGAUUUGAUGGCUGCAACUAAUAACUUUAGUGCUGAGAAUGUUCUUAUGGCGACGAGGACGGGGACUACUUAUAAGGCGGAUCUUCGCGAUGGGUCCACGCUCGCGGUGAAGCGGCUCAGUAAGUGUAAGAUUGGGGAGAAGCAGUUUCGGAUGGAGAUGAAUAGGCUAGGCCAGGUUAGGCACCCGAAUUUGGCUCCCCUGUUGGGUUUCUGUGUGGUGGAAGAUGAGAAGUUUUUGGUUUAUAAGCACAUGUCAAAUGGGACUCUCUAUAGCUUGUUGCAUAAGAAUCGUGGUGUGUUGGAUUGGGAGAUGAGGUUCAGAAUUGGAUUGGGCGCAGCAAGGGGCCUCGCGUGGCUACACCACGGGUGUCAUCCUCCAAUUAUACAGCAGAAUAUCUGCUCCAAUGUGAUUCUUGUCGAUGAAGAUUUUGAUGCGCGGAUAAUGGACUUUGGGCUUGCGAGGCUGUUGCAAUCUGAUACUAAUGAGAGUAGUUUUGUUAAUGGGGAUCUGGGAGAACUUGGCUACGUUGCGCCAGAGUAUCCGAGUACAAUGGUUGCUUCUUUAAAAGGGGAUGUUUAUGGUUUUGGAAUUGUGCUUCUGGAGUUGGCUACUGGUCGAAAACCUCUGGAUGUCAACAAUGUAGAGGAAGAAUUUAAGGGUAAUUUGGUGGAUUGGGUGAACAAGCUUUCUAGUUCAGGUAGAGCAAAGGAUUGCAUUGAUAAAGCUAUAUUUGGAAGGGGACAUGACGAGGAGAUACUCAAGUUCAUGAAAAUAGCGUCUAGUUGUGUAGUUCCUCACCCUAAGGAGAGGUUGUCUAUGUUCGAGGUUUAUAAUUCCUUGAAGAGUAUGGCAAAAGAUCACAGUUUCUCUGAAUAUGAUGAUGAAUUUCCAUUGAUCUUUGGUAAACCCGGAAAUGAGAGGGCUUAGCUGCGGCACAUGUAUUUUCAGGUAGUUUUUAUUAUCCUUGUAUUAUAUGAUACAGUCAACUAUUUUUCUGCUUGCUUUAGCUUCUUGGGCUUGUUGAAUGAAAUAUCUGUUUGUUGUAAUGAACAAAUUGUAAAGUAACUCCCAAGAUAUUUUGUAUGCUUCAAAAUUUGAAUCACCUAUUAAUAAAACUAUAUAAAUCAUCGGAGGUA